AUGGAUUUUAUUAUUGGUUUGCCUAAGUCUAACGGGUUUGGGAGUAUUCUUGUUGUGGUGGACAGGUUUUCAAAGUAUGCGACAUUUAUUCCGGUGACCAAGGAGUGCCCUGCUGAGGAAGCAGCUCGGUUGUUUCUUAGACAUGUGGUGAAAUAUUGGGGAGUGCCACUAUCUAUUAUCAUACCAAAUUCGGCAGCCUAUCGAUUCGCAAAAGAUUGGCAAGAGAAGAACGACUUGGCUAGAGCUUGUUUACACAAGGCAAGUAAGCGUAGCAAGAAUUGGGCUGAUCAAAAACGAAGGGGUGUGCAAUUUCAAGUGGGUGACUCAGUCCUCGCUAAACUACACUUGAUUUUGCGAUAUUCUGGCUUGCACAAAGGUCUUGUGCGAAUGUAUGAGGGGCCGUUCAAAGUUGUGAAGAGAGUAGGCAAUGUGGCCGACAAGCUUGAGCUGCCAGCAAAACUUAAAGUCCACCUAGUCUUCCAUGUAAGCAUGCUUAAGCCCUUUCAUGGGGAUCAAGGGGAUCCAAAUCGAGGUAAGUCCGAACGAGCACCGAUGGGGGUAAAGGUGUCGUACGAUCGUGAAGUCGAAAACAUUGAGGCAAAUCGGUUCCAAAGGAAGAUUGACCAGUUCCAUAAGGAAGAUGCGACGAGGGCGUCACUAGAACAAGUGGGGGAGAAUGUCAUGGGUUGCGCAUGGGAGCACGCAACCAUGACAAACUUGUGCGAUCCACUGUAUUUGAAGGAGGUCAUUUGGCCCAACCAAACUGGCCCGUUGCCUGGAGAGAUUAAAAGCCCAUCCCAAAAGCCUGGUAAAUAUGAGAAGUGA